CAGGGCGGGGUCACAUUGUAUUUGUUGUUGUUUUCGUUGAGGAGUCGACAAAUUUAAACCACCGAUGUUUUCUUCGUUACUCGUGUUAAAGUCGUUCGUUUGAGACAAACUCUAAUAACGUUUUACAACAAACAGACGACGAACGACUUGGACCUGGACUAUUUUCCCGCUGAAGCUUCUGUCGUGUCCUUCCCUAAGUGCUGUUUUUGGGUGACGACGACCCCUUGAAUCUAUGUGUCGUCGUUGUUGUUGUUGUCGUCGUCGUCGUCAGAUGGGCAGUCACUACAAACGUUCAGUGCCGUUGGAGGUGAGGAGGGCAGAGGGUGAGAGAGUCCGGGCCAAACAUCCUGACAAGAUUCCAAUCAUUGUAGAAAGGGCGCAGAGAUCAAGAGCCCCUGACCUGGACAAGAAGAAAUACUUAGUGCCCUCAGAUUUAACAGUGGGCCAGUUGUGCUUUCUCAUCCGUCAGCGUGUGUCUUUGAGACCAGAGGAGGCGCUCUUCUUCUUUGUCAACAACUCUCUUCCCCCGUCCAGCUCCCCCCUCUCUGCUGUGUAUGAGGAGCACCAUGAAGACGACCUGUUUCUCUACAUGACCUACAGUAACGAGAGUGUGUACGGUGCCUGAUGGAGGACCAGAGUCUGGACCAGAGUCUGGACCAGAGUCUGGACCAGAGUCUGGACCAGAGACAGAGACGGUAUGAUGGUCUGCACAGCAGAACCAAGGUGCUGGUGAUCAUUAUCAACAGUAUCUGCUGUGAUUGGUAGUGAACGUUGACCUCUGUCAGUAUUUUAGGAUUGGGUUGAGAUGGAAUUUUUUACGCCUCAUAUUAUGUUGAUUAUUUUUAUGGGGAAAGAAGAACGAGGGAAUUGGACGAAGACAAAAAGGAUCGUGUUGAGAUAAAUGGAUGUUUUGGGAACUCUCACUGUCUUUCUCCAUCAUUUGUAUUUAAUGCAAAUAGUUUUUUGUUUUACUUUUUUUGUGAAUAAGCAGUAAACGAAGAUCAAAUGUAAAA